AUGGCGUCCAAUCCGCCUACACCAGCGCUCCCACCAUCACCAGCCGCGAUCCAAGGCGCCUCGGCCCCCCCAACAACAGAAAAAGAUGCCCAUCAUAACAACCAAAAUGGCUUGCUCACACCUCUUCCGCUCCACAACAACAACCCCGAAGCCGGCAACGAGGCCGACCUGACCCGCGAACUUACCCCCGUCGAGAAGAUCAAACGCACCCUCGGUGUGCGUCCCAGCGGCGAGUCCGGUCGCCGUGGCAUCCACCCGGUGCGCUUCCUCAAGAAUGUGUUCCGGUCCGCCAGUUGGGCUUCGCGCGUCGUCAAUGUGCUGUGGCCGGUCGUACCCGCUGCCAUUGCGGUGCGCUAUGCCCUGGAGGACCACCGAUUGGUGAUUUUUAUUCUGGCCUACCUAGCGAUGGUACCAUGCGCGAAUUUGAUCGGCUAUGCGGGCCAGGAGCUGGGCAGGAAGUUUCCCCAUGUGAUAGGGAUUAUUACGGAGACGACUCUAGGAGGUGUGGUCGAGAUCAUCAUGUUCAUCGUACUUAUCAGUCGGGCGACGAACCUAGACCCGAACGCGCCUCCCGAUCCCCAUAGAAUCGAUUACUUCCAGGUUAUUAAGGCUGCUAUUCUCGGUUCCGUGCUGGCGACUAUGCUGCUGUGUCUUGGAAUGUGCUUCGUUGCGGCUGGCUUCAAGCGCGAGGAGACGCACUUUAGUGAGACCGUGAGCGAGGCUGGUAGCGGGUUGCUCUUGACAGCCGGCUUUGGCCUCGCCAUUCCGACUGUCUUCGAGCACUCUCUGGGCAGCGCCGCCAUUACCGAGAUUGCCCUCCAUGACAAGACCAUUAGCGUCUCGCGCAGCACGGCGAUUCUGCUCCUGGUAGCCUACUGCAUCUACCUCUUCUUCCAAGCGCGCACCCACCACGGAAUCUACGACGCCAUUUUCGAGGCCGACGAAGAGCGCGACGCUGACAAGCAUCUCGAACGUAUGCACCAUCGCCUGACUUUCACGGAGUGCGUGCUUGCCUUGGCCGUCGCCAUCGCUCUCGUCACAAUCCUCGCCAUCGCCCUAGUUGACCAGAUCCCUUAUCUCGUCCACGAGCGUGGCGUGUCAGAUGCUUUUGUUGGUCUUAUCCUUGUACCGCUUGUCGAAAAGGCCGCCGAGCAUUUGACCGCCGUUGAUGAGGCAUACGACAACCAGAUGAACUUUGCCCUCUCCCACGUGCUCGGCGCCACCUUGCAAACUGCCCUGUUCAACGCGCCGCUCGUGGUUAUCGUCGGUUGGGGGCUCGGCAAGGAUAUGGGCCUCAACUUUGAGGUCUUUGAUAUCGUCGUCCUGCUGCUGGCCAUCAUUACCGUGGGCAACUUUUUGCGCGAUCAAAAGUCCAACUAUCUCGAAGGCUCCCUGUGCGUGCUGGUGUACGUAGGUAUUGCUGUUGCUGCGCUGUACUAUCCGAACCCAGAACUGCUGGAGGGCGGUGGCGGUGGCGAGGCAGCCGGUGGUGAGGCAGCCGGUGGUGCUCAUCACUGA